CACAAAUUGAGGCUCAAAGGAGACUGUGCUUGGCAGCUCCAAUUCAACGGUGGGUUGAAGAGACAUGAGGGUGAAAAUGGACUUACCUGGUGAGAACAGAGUUCUAAAAACACUUAUUGUUCACACAGACCUAGGUACCUAGGCACUUGUUCACACACUGUGUGUCUAGCUGUGAGGCACUGGAUUUCAGUGACUUGAAUAUGAUUCAUGCAGUGCUGUACUGCAAGUUGUAGGGUCUUCCUCCUGUAUAGUGAAUGUUCAUAUGUACUCCUCUUACAUUGCCAUGAGGGCUGUUGGGUGUGCUUGUGCAAUAAGAGGUACAAUGUGUGGGCGUAAAGAGAGCUGGAUUUGAGUUGGUGUCUAGGCUUGCAUCCCGAUGUUUGCUGCUGAGCCUUGGCACGCUGGCCGAGGUCAAACUGUCGAGCUGGCCCGGCCUGACAGUAAAUUGGUAACGGUCUUCACCUGCUUGGGAGGAAGCACCCGAGGUCCCCCAUCAAACAAGCUUGGUACGGCAGCAUGGAGUAUGGCUGAGUGCAGACAUGACAAGGGAAGGGACCCACCCAUCGUGGAGGUGAGAAGCUGACAAGGGGUCCGCGGGUCUCCUGGCCAGUGCGUGCUCCCGCUCCAGAAAACCAGGCAUGUGGACCUGUCCCGCCAGCGACGGCCGCGGACGGCUCCCCUCCCCCGAGGCACCCUUCCAACAGUCCAACCGUCCAACUCAUCAUCAGGAGACGUCAGACCAUUCCCUCACAGUAGGAGCAAACUUUCCCUUCCUGCCUGCCCAACAGAAUCCCGAUGCGAGAUCAUCCCCACCCGUCCGUAUAAGAAGUGGAUGCCACCCCCCCAAACCUCGACACUCUUGCGCUUGGCCUUCUCGAUUCCGUUCCCGGACCCUCCCGCACUCUCCGACGCCUCCACGUCUUCCCCAACCAUCCCCAAUCACUGACCUCGAACUCCGUCCUCGCCAACGACGCCGGCAUUCAACAUGUCUCUCGACCUGGAACGACACCUAGUCUUUUACGGCUCCUACCACAAUAAUGUGGUCAACAUCGGAAUACACAUGGUCUGCGUGCCAAUCAUCCUGAUGACGAGCUUCCUACUGGCCGCGAACUCCGGCGUCCUCAUCCCGCUCCCGCCGGCCCUCACGCUCGAAUACCUCCCCCUGAACAUGUGCACGAUCGGGGGCAUCAUCUGGGGCGGCUUCUACGUCCUCAUGGAGCCCGUCGCAGGCAGCCUGCUCUGCGCCAUCUGCCUGGGGAUGGCCGCCGCCGACAACUAUUUCUACUCGGUCGACGCGAAGACGUCCACGACGAUAGCGGGGGCCAUAUUCGCCGUCGCGUGGAUCCUGCAGUUUGUCGGCCACGGCAAGUUUGAGGGCCGCGCCCCGGCGCUGCUCGACAACCUGAUGCAGGCCCUGCUCCUGGCGCCGCUGUUUGUCUGGCUGGAGCUGCUGUUCUUCUUUGGCUACCGGAAGGAGCUCAAGGACCGCGUGGACAAGCAGGUCGAGAAGAACAUCGCCAAGUUCAAGGCGGAGCGCCAAGGGAAGAACGGCAAGGCGCAAUAGGCAAUCCGACCGAUACGCGGAACUCCAUCGUUGUUCUAGAUGUGAUAGCACGGUCCCACGACAAACGGCGGCCUUAAGCCAUCACGCCGAGUGAUUAUGGGGACAUGAUACCUAAUCAACAUAAGAUACCGGAGAAUAAUGACCAGGAUGUGGCCCGGUCCAUGGUUGCACGGCCCAGAUCACAAUUGUCUCAGGCGGAUCGGUGCUCCGCUUUCCCAGCCAACCUUACCGUUCACACUUUGGUGGGAGGCACCUCGGAAUAUUUGGCCCGGUUCAAGAGGAAGCAAGGACCGCUUCGUUCAACAGCUGCCCUUCGAGCUCACAUGUCAGCGCUUACAUGUCAGCAUUCCAUCUCACAUCACUCGCCCAUGGCCAAGCACGCCGAUGGCCAAGGACGCCGAAUAUGGCUGGGCCCCGGUAUUUUCUGAAGUCUGAUUGGCUCAAUCGGAAACCGCUCGUACAUCAAAAUGCAGCUUUUCUUUGUUGAUUGCAUAGGGGAAAAGGAGGUGCACUCUUGACGCUCUAGGAUAUUUAGCACUAUGAGUUGCCCAGACUCUAGCAUUGUCCUCUUUUUGCUAGCUGCAUUUUCUGUGUGCCUGAUUAGGACUUGUUGUGCAGGAGGCAGUUCUGCCAACUGUGCAGCUAGAGCGCUUGGAGAACUCAUGUGUACAGUAUAGUUGUUAUUUAGAUUUCUGCUUGCUCUACCCUGCAGCCAGCCACAUGCCUUUGUAUAGACUUUGCCGAAUGCUGCAGCAGGUGACUAACAUCAAUAAUAUUCCUGUCGGUCACCUUGUCCCGACAGUAUUAUGACGAAGAGAGUGGAUCUUUUGAGCUCCAGUCCUUGAUAUGGGAUGCAAUAUGGGCUAAGGUAACAAAUGCC